AUGUCCUCUGUGGAAUUAGUUGCAUCUCAAGAGGAUGCGUUGAUCGAGGCUUUGGAGACGUUCAAGCGGAUGAGCUAUGCUUCGUUCGCACUAGUUGUACUGUAUGCAUGGGAUCUUGUGUUAACGUUUCCAAUGGAGGUUGACAUGUGGAGAACUAAGUUUAAGAUGGUAAAACUUCUGUUCUUCUUUAAUCGAUAUUUCUCCCUGCUAGCAGGAGUAUUUUGGGUGUGGACAAACGUGCAAUUUCCUAUGUUCGACUCAAACCUUCAGCAAUACUGUGAGGAACGUGUCAAAACGCCUUGA